AUGGCUUCGUCUCUGCCUCUUCCUCACGCGUGCAGUUCGUCUCCAGUAGCUACUACUGCACCCGAAUUAUCCUUUUCCUUCGCGUGUGGCGGCUGGCUCAAGAUGUACCUCUUCGGUGUAGCCAAAGCCUUGCAGGAGUUUGAGCUCGAGAAGAACGCGCGACUCAUUGGCUGCUCUGCAGGUGCUUUGACGGCCACGGGCUUGGCGCUUCACUGCGACUUUGACGCCAUUUUUGACCACGUGCUCAAGAACGUAAUACCCCAAGCACACGCGUCACUCGGUGGCUACUUUCGCGUCCGCUCGUACUUGAGCGAGACGUUGCUCGGUCAUGGCAAGCUGCAGGACUUUGAGCAGCUGAACGCGUCUCAGCAGGUCACGGUCGUCUACUCGUCGUUGUCGUCGCUGACAUCUCGUCGCACGACGACGUUUGAGUCCGCCGAGCACCUGAAGCAGACGUUGCUGGCCUCUUGUUGCGCUCCUAUCAUUGCUGGUCUGCCGUUCAAGCUGAACGGCGAGUGGGCCGUGGACGGCGGCCUGCUCGACUUCCAGCCAGUGUUCGACGACAAGACGGUCACGAUCAGUCCGUUCUACUGCGUUGGCGCGGACAUUAAGCCGUCGGUGUACGUGCCCAUGUGGUGGGCCUUGUUUCCACCUGGAGAACGCGACAUCAAGUGGUUGUUUGACUUGGGAUACGAAGACGGACUCAAUUGGAUUAUAAAAAAGGGCCUGGUGGGAAGCCGCAAGAACGUGGUGCUGCCGGUCAAGAGCACGGGAUAUGCAGGUGGAUGGAACACGACGGUGGGUCGUGUAGUGGGUUAUCGCGGCUGCGAGAGCCACUUUCUAGACGCUCUCUUUGUUGGCCUGUUCGUUUGUUUGUGGCGGCCGAUGGCAUUUAUCUGUCUGUACCUGGAGCUGUAUCUACAAGCGAUCGUUUCUGGCAGCAAGGCCGUGGUCUUCGGCGCGGCGGCAAAGCUAUUGAUCUCGAACAUCUUGAUGGCUGCAAUGGCGGCAGCGUUGGCAACUCUGGGUCUGCAAGACACGAUGCAGUUUCUGCUGGGUCUGGUUGCCGCUGGGUUCUUCCUGGGUUGCAUGGUGCUGCUUGUUGGUGGAUUGCAACAGGCAGGCGCAAUGGCUUCUGCAGACUGGCAGCGGUGCCGCUCGUACAUGCGCAGCAUCACGAGUCUGUCGCUGUUUCUGCACAGCAUGCCUGUCUUUGGUGCGAAGGUGCUGAUCAAGCGCCACGACUUCUUGCUGGAGCACUCGCUAGUGUAUCGUGUUGCGAUGCACUUCGUCUAG